CUCUGUCCUGUCUGCCGAGGGGGUUUGCUGGACGAAAGGAAUAUGGAUAGCUGCCCGGUCUGCUAUUCGGCUUUCUCAUCGGAGGAGGCUGGGACUGUCGGGAGGAGGCUCCCGUGCGGCCACGUUGCUUGCACAGCUUGCUUGCACGAUUGCUGGGAUGCACCACCGGAGCAUCGUGAUCCGAAGGAACCUAAGGGGGCCGGUGUCCGCUGCCCCGAGUGCUUUACCUUACACGUCUUGGACAGCGUGGAGUCGGUGCCGGUGUACGAUGUGGAGGCCGCGACAUUGGAGGGCCAGGGGGAUGGGGACAACGAGUUAGAGCGUGUAGAGGAAGAGCUCGGCGAUGCGGGACAAGACGAAACCAUCGAAGAAGCUGCCGCGGUAUCGCCGCCGCCCUCCCCGGCGCCUAAGGCGUCAAAGUUGGCGGCUUUCUUGAGCGCCAACAAGGCGGAGAAACACGUGCCGACGUUCGCCCAAGGGCAAGACCAAGAGGAGGCAAACGUGGACGGGCAGACGGAGGGGCGAGUGUGUAAGGUAGAAGGGUGCGACAAUAGGGCUGUGGAGAACGUGGCGGUGUGCCCCAUGCACACUAAGAGGUACUCGGUGGUUUCUGUGUCCGCGAUGGUGCACCGGUUCAAGGACACCAAGCUCAGCUCGGUCGCCCUCAAGAGUGACAAGGUGGAGGUGAACCGUGGGGGGGUGGCCGGUGCGGGAGAGGCUGGUUUCGACCCAGAUGCCAUCGGCGAACGAUUCAGACGACAGGAGCGACUGGAGCUGGGGGAGGCGGUAGCUUUGAUCGAAGCGGUCAAGAACAUUUUCAGGGAGGAGGACAACAUGGUUCCGUUAGAUGCGCCGGUGAUGGUUGUGGGAGACGUACACGGGCAGUACUUCGACCUUCUUAACAUCCUCAAGCGCUGGAGACCAGAUCACAACCUCCUCUUCCUCGGAGACUACGUCGAUCGUGGUCAGUUCUCUUGCGAGGUGAUCCUCCACCUCUUCGCUCUCAAGCUUCGGCAUCCCAAGAACGUCUUCCUCAUUCGUGGUAAUCACGAGUGCUCCUCGGUGUCGGCCCACUUCGGGUUCAAGGACGAGUGCAAGGUGAAGUACGGCUUGACGGUCUACUAUCGCUUCCUACUCGCAUUCCAGACGAUGCCAAUCUGUGCUCUCAUCGAGACGAGCAUCGGGAGGAUCUUCGCUUGCCACGGGGGAAUCAGUCCAGAUAUCCAGCACCUGUCGGACAUCGAGGAGAUUGACCGCUUCGCCGAGCCAGAGAUGGAGGGGCCUCUGUGCGACAUGCUCUGGGCUGACCCCCUCAACGAGGACGACAGCCACAAGCUCACCGGCGAAGAAUACCAGCACUUCCUUGACACCAACUACAUUUCCAACCAGGUCCGAGGUUGCAGCUACAUGUUCGGGUACCACGCUGUUCAGCGUUUCCUUCGAGAGAACCGGCUCAUGUACAUGGUGCGGGCACACGAGGUGCAGGAGGAAGGCUUCCGCUCACACUUCCCUAGUCCGGUGUGGGGCUUGGCUGCCGCUGCCGCUGCUGCGGAGGAGGGAGACUUCAGCGAUGAAGAUUCGGAGCUGGGGUCGGAGGAGGAGGAAGAGGCUAACUCGUACGACCAGGUGUUGGCGGACACGAGCCGGCACCUCAACCCCACCGUGCUCACGGUCUUCUCCGCCCCGAACUACUGCGACCGCUACCGAAACAAGGCCGCAGUGCUGCACAUCGAGAGGCCAGGGUACUACACCGUCAACCUACUUGAGGCGGAGCCCCACCCAGCCCCGGUGAAAGAGAGCGACGUGAACGUCAUGCAAGUCCUGGCCAUGGGGAACACGUGCCCCUACAUGCCCACGACGUUCCGGGAUUUCCUCAAGGUGGCCGUUGAGCUUGGCCGGGCCGUCAAGCCGACGAGUACCAAUACCUCGACGGUGACCGAGGACCUGGCUGCAGCCGCCGCCGCUGCCGAGAACUUGAUGUCCUUGUCCAGCGAAAGCGGCAAGAGCAGCACUGCUGAGAACCGCGAUGGUGGCGCUGGCGGCGACGGCGGGGGUGCGCCCUUUGCUCCCGCGCUUGCGCGAAGGUCUUCGGCGCCAGCAGAGACUGCGUCUGCGGCUAGAGGCGGAGGCGGAGGGGGUGGGGUGAUGGGAACCCCCCAUCCACGAGGACUACCGCCUGCUGGCAAGGAUCAGGAGGAAGAAGGCGACGAUGUGGGUGCGGUUCUGCCUAGCUCAGCCCCGAAAGUAAGGAGGGGUCCGGCUAGGAUAGUCUCCGCACCGGUCCUGGGUAGCGGCGGUGGCGGCGGUGGUAGCUCGGCGGGUGCAAUGGGGGGUCGGCGAAGGAGAAGGAGCUCCGGGGGGUCGCCUGCGGGGGGUGGGGUUUCCGCUGGCUUCGUUACGGGCGGUGGAGGGAAGGGUGGCGACGAAGACAAUGCACGAGAAGGGGAGGAUUCCGACUCGUCGGAGGAGGAGGGCGAGGGGGAGGGGGAAGGGAAGGCGGACACCUCAUUCUUUGGGGUGAUGAGCUCGUUGUCACGACGGAGCAUGCGAGGACUCGGACUGAUGGACGUGCGAUCUUCGAGCCCGGGACUGGGACUGCUGACGAGGCAAAAUACUUGGAGCGUCGGUGCAACCAAGGCUCCUAUCAGCGAGGUGUACCGAAAAGCGCAAGCCCGGGACGGUAUCAACGAGAUGCACCCGGAGGUUCUCAAUAGACGCAUCAGCAGCCAGGAGGCCGGGGAAUUGGACCUCUCCAGGUCAUCAUCGGUCUUGUCCUCACCAUCAACCGGGGGGGUGACACCGCCGCCUUCGAACGGCAAGGCUACUUCCUCACCGUCAACCUUGGAAGGCCUGCUCUUUGGCCCCGGGGGGUUGGGGAACGGCAGCGGCGGCGGCUCAAAGAAGUCGGCUGCGCGUGCGCCGCCUCCGGGAGGAGGAGGGGAAGCAGGGGGAGGGGAUGAUAACGAUGCGUCCCCGGCCCCGGCGUUGCGAGGCGUUCGGAAACAGUUCUCGCUGGAUAUGAACGUUAACGCUGGCGGCGCCCAGAGCAGUGCGGGACGCGUAACGGAGAACAAGUCUACGAGAGAACUGGCUGCCCUGCUCAGCAACUCCAGCAUCACAGAGAUAGCUCAGAUGGACGGAGACGUCGAGGUGGACAUCGAGCCGACCGAUGCUGACAACGACAUAGCCAUCGCUGCCGAAAACGGCGGCAGCCUGGCAGUGGGAGGGGGAGAGGGUGCGGCGGGAGGGACUGGGGUGUCCGUGGCGGGACUCGACCUCUCGAUCGUAGGUUCCAACCACUCCAACUCUCAGCCGAGAUCCCGAGACGCGAGCUUCGGAAACGAGGGGAUGAUGACUCCGUCUCCCCGCUCUCGAAACAGCAGCAUGAUGGGAGAAUCUCCCUCUCCCAGUCAGAUCUUGUUCACCCACGAGGAGAUCGUGGUGCUCAAGCUGCUCUUCAGCCUUUUCGACAGGGGGGGCAAGAACUUCAUCACUCGGGACGACAUCAUCGCCUACGCGGAAGAAGGGGGAGACUUCGCGCAGCUCAAGGAAGUCGACUCUUUCAUGGAGGCCAUCGACGCAGACACGGAUGGGAAAGUGGGCCUCUCCGACUACAUCAACUUCGCGGCGAGGCUCAAGGGCAUCCACCUGCUGCAGCAGCAGAUGCCGACGGACUAACCGAGAUGAUGAAUGGCGAUGGCGAUGGCGAUGGCGAUGGCGAUGGCGAUGGUGACAGCAGGACCAACCCCAACGGCCACAAGCAUAGAGAGGGUGAAAUUGACCUUUUGGCCUUCUUGCGAGUAUUCUGUGGACCCGACCCGCCGUAGCCAGAUGACGCAUGACUGUUGCUAGACGAUAAAAGCAGGAAUUUUAAAGACUAUGGGGGUUCCCCACACCCCUCUGCUGUCUGAAUUUUUAGGGUUCUCACGCGCCAUUUCUUGCUUUCUGUAUUCUGUAUCCUUGUUGGAAAUACCGCCGAGCCUCUGUUGUAGGUAUUGGCUACCGUGCCGUACCGUUCGAGGCCGCGGGACGACUGCUUGUUUGUGGUCGCGGUGACGAGAGUUGAGUCACGACAUGAUAGUGCGACGUCGUUCUUUGCUGAUUCAACCGCGUUCCCUGUGUUCCGAUUCUUACGUAUGUAUUUUAUUUCGGUUGGUUUCUAGACCUUUCUGCACCGAACGUGAUAGCUCUGUAGCGGGUUAGAGAGGAGAGGAAAGCGCGCACGCACACACAAACACACACAGAGAGACGAGACGGCCGCGGUCUUACGUACGUCCAAGUAUUAUAUGUCGCGUUUGCGCCGCGGCCGUGUCUUGCUAGAAACCUUGGGUGUGCAUUCUACGUAGCGUUAGAUCGAUCUGCUUUGUAUCUCUUCGCCUGCGUCUUGAAAAAGCAGCACACCACAGCAAGGCAUAGCACAGCACACUAGCAUAGUAUCGGUAGUAGCACGCCAUUGGAAGUAGUGGAUGUUGUUGUUGUGCCUCUUUUCUUUCCGUUUUCGUGUUAUUUUCUUUUUCCUUCGAAACGCGUUCGGUGUAACGCAGGGGUAGGGUCUGCAAACUUUUUACCAUACUCCCCGCAUGACCGAACUGUGGGGCCGGUUUGCAGUUCAUCAUUAGUACCGACCUAUAAAGGGUGCUUGCUCGUCGCCGUCCGCAGGCAGUUUCAUGCAUACCCGACUUUGCACUCGAGUUGCAUCGUUAACCAUCGAAGGGCAUUGCUCCUGUUGUAGCUGUGAGGUCGAGAAGGAACGGUGGGAGACGAUGUUAUUGUGUGGUCACGGGCAUUGAGUGUAGGGCCUCCUGCUGCUUGGACGUUUUGUGUUCAAGUAAAGUUGCGCGGGUUGGUUGAUGCAACUUCGCGAUGGGAAUCGGGGGACAACAUGUUUACCUUGUGUGGCUGCAUAUUUCCUUAGUACCGCCGGCCGGGAU